AUGUCCCUGAGGAACGUGGCCAUCAACGAUGACUACUCGUGGGAUGCUGGGGAACGGGCCCGCCUCCUGCAGAGCCCCAUUGUCCCAGAGACCCGACGUCUGCCUGGAGGGACAUCCGCCAUUGGAGCCGUCUUCAUCGUGGUGAAUGCUGCCCUGGGGGCUGGUCUGCUGAAUUUCCCAGCCGCCUUCAGCGCAGCGGGAGGAGUCACAGCUGGGAUUGUGUUGCAGCUGGUGUUGCUGCUCUUUAUCAUCAGCGGUCUGGUGAUCCUGGCGCACUGUGCGGAUGCCUGCAGUGAGCGGACGUAUCAGGAGGUUGUACGGGGGAUCUGUGGACGGCUUACUGGCGUGCUGUGUGAGAUCCUCAUCGCCGUUUACACCUUUGGGACAUGCAUCGCCUUCUUCAUCAUUAUCGGCGACCAACUUGACAAACUUCUUGGAGCCAUGAUGCCUUCUCUGGCGGGGAGCAGUGUUCCCUGGUAUGCUGACAGGAAGUUCACAAUCACCAUCACAGGAAUUUUAUUCAUUCUGCCGCUGUCUCUACCUCGCGAGAUCAGUGUACAAAAAUAUGCAAGCUCGCUCAGUGUUCUCGGGACAUGUUAUGUAACGUUUAUUGUCAUCUUCCGCUGCGCCCAGCCACAUGAGCAGAUCCCAGCGUAUAUUCCAUCCAGAGCCUCCUCUUGGAUUGCAGUCUUCAAUGCUGUCCCCACCAUCUGCUUUGGAUAUCAGUGCCAUGUCAGUAGUGUCCCCGUGUAUGGCAGCAUGCAGCAGCAGGAUAUACGACGCUGGGCGAUCAUAGUGACGGCCGCCAUGUUUAUUGCCUUGUGUGUCUACACUGGGACAGGGGUGUGCGGGUACUUGCUGUUUGGCUCCGGUGUGGACCAGGACGUCCUCCUCUCCUUCCCAUCCAAUGAUGUGCCAGUGGCUGUGGCCCGUGCUUUCAUCAUUGUAUGCGUACUCACCUCCUACCCGAUUCUUCACUACUGCGGCCGGGCGGUGUUGGAGGGACUCUGGCUGAGAUUUACCGCUCAGGAAGCGGGGGAGGAGCCACGGCGAGAGCGCCGCCGCCGAAUCCUACAGACACUAAUCUGGUUUAUGCUGACGCUGCUGCUGGCGCUCUUCAUCCCGGAUAUAGGCAGAGUCAUCUCCCUGGUCGGAGGGCUGGCAGCCUGCUUCAUAUUUAUAUUUCCAGGUCUGUGUCUCAUCAAUCUGAAACUUUCCGAGAUUCAGGAGCAAAAAAGCAAAAGCUGGUGGGCCAUGAUCUCUUAUGGUGUCGCCAUGGUAACACUUGGAGCAUUCAUCUUUGGACAAACCACUACAAAGGCCAUCUUUGUGGACCUGACGAGCUAA